AUGCGUUAUUCAUUUAAUAUAUUUUUUAUAUUUCACAUUCAUUCUAUUUUUAUAAAUAUUUUUUCUAUAAUUUUUAUUAUUUUAUUUAUUUGCAUAAAUCAUACAAAAUCGUUAAAUGAAUUCGAUUCAUUAGAUGAAACGUAUAAUUUUGCUGAAAUUACAAUUUUCAAAUCAAAAUGUCCACCACAAUGUGAAUGUGAAGAAAAUUUUCAUCGACGAAGCAAUCGUGAAACAAAUGAAAUUUCUGUAAAUUGUCAUACUGGUGGCCUUAGCCAAGAAGAUUUCGCUUAUAUUAUUAAACAUAUAUCAGAUAAAGUGACAAUAUUGGAUAUUGAAGCGCCACGAACUAAACCAAAUCAGCUUUUAUGGGAUGAUAAUUUGAAUCGUUUAACGAGAUUACGAACGCUAAGGUUAAUUAAUUGUGGAAUACCAGCUAUAAGUCGCGUUUUACGAUUGCCGAAACUAGAAAUACUCGAUCUUCGCGGAAAUCGUAUCGAACAUAUAACGAUUUCGAUGUUUUCUGGUGUACCAUCUAUACGAACGCUUAAUUUGGCUGAAAAUUUACUCAGUAUUCUUCCUACAGGCGCUUUCACAUAUUUACGCCAAAUGGAAGCUUUAUUCUUAUCCUACAAUAAUAUAACUGAACUAUCGGCUAAUCUAUUUCGUGGCUUAGAGACUCUAAAAGCUCUUCAUCUCGAUGGAAAUAAAAUUCCAUCAUAUCAAAUUAACAAUGUCAUAUCAGAUAUAUCACAACUUGAACAACUCGAAUUGAAUUAUUGUGGAAUAAAUUCUAUAAGACAGGUGAACCUGAAUAAAUUAAUUUCGCUUAGGAAACUCGGAUUAGCAGGAAAUUCUCUUAAAAUAAUCCCAACGAAUGAUUUGCGUAAUCUUCCAUGGCUAUCGAGUCUUAAUCUGGCCGAUAAUGAUAUUCGCGGUGUUGCACCAUAUUCAUUUGCGUCGACAAAUAUUACGCGGCUUUCUUUAGCACAUAAUAAACUAGGUCAAUCGCCCUUUUCACUAAAGAUUGACUCGUUUGCACAUAUGAAUUUGCUUGAGCUUGACCUUUCAUAUAAUGGUCAUGAAUAUUUCGAUUCGUUUGUACUUGGUUCAGCACAACUAACUAUCGAAACGCUUCAUCUCAGUGGAAAUGGAAUUCGAGUUUUUCAUGAACAUUUAACAUCCAAUAUGUCUUCGUUGAAACAUCUGCAUUUAGCCGAUAACAAUAUUUCGCAAAUUCCAGCAAAUUUACCUUUUGAAUACAGUCAAUUAACAUUUUUGAAUUUAUCAAAUAAUGAGCUCACUGAUCUGCCACAAUAUUCUCGAUAUAUUCUGCCAGCUUUACGAAUUCUCGACAUAUCGAGUAAUCGAAUUUCAUCACUUUCGAUGAAUGUCCUCGAUAGUUUUAUCAAUGAUUUAGAUCAGGUAUGA